UCUGGACCAUUCCCGCGAAGGCACGAUUCGAUUGGUCUUUUCCCCACUAACCCUACUGCACAAAAACAACCUUUACGUCGUCGACUGUCUUCGAAGGCGCACCAUGAUGACGAGCAAAGAUCCAAAAACUUCCACAGCCCUUUCGCAACAGUAACGGUAGCCUCGAAAAGCACCCUUCCGACAACUAACUCGACAAGACUUAGCUAUACCGGUAGCUAGCUAGUAGCCGCAGCCAGCGUUAACACCAGUCCAUCAGUAACACAGCACAGCAAGAACAAGAACAAGAACAAGAACAAUGUCUGGUUUCGGAGGCGCUGGAGACGAGUCAUCGUCCUCUUCCACAUCCGACUAUCAAUCCGACGCCUACAGCGAGACGUUUACCGAGAGCACUUUUGACAUUGUCUUGGGAUGCGCCUUUCUAGUCACUGCCUAUGUGGCAUUCCGUCGCAUGUCCAUCAGUCAAAGCGCCAGUGCUGCGGGUGGUGGAGGUGGAGCUGAAACCACCGUGGUGACGGCCUUUUACAGUCUCAUUUUUGUCACUUCCAUCUUGAGAGCCAUUUGGUUUCUGAUCCCUUCCAAAGUAUGGCAACCAUCGUAUGCACCCAUUGCGGUGUACGCCUGGGACAGUGACCAUCCUGCUUGGUUGGGGGCGGCACUCAGCGAACUCACCGUGACGGCUGGAUCUUUGACGCUAUUUAGUAUCUUUAUUCUGAUUUUGGUCUAUUGGGCAGACAUUCUCAAGAAAUACUUUCAUCCCGGGGCUCGCCGAAUGCUCCCCAUGUUUGCCUUUUUCGCACUGGUGUCCAGCUUGGUAGGAUUGGAGGUCUUCAAUGUGGUCUUGUUCCUACUCAAGUUUUACACCACCGAAGGAAUGAUCCUAUUCAACGCGUGCUUGUUGGCAUUGGUCAGCAUGAUUUGUGUCUGUGAAAUCACCAUAUUUAGUCACAGGUUCCGAACCGUACUCAAGACUUUGGGGGCCAUCAAUCAAGUCAGCACUGAUGCUCAGGUCAAACGAAUCGUAUGGAUUACCGUGACGGGAAAUCUAUUCUUCUUCACAAGAGCUUUCCUGGAAGCACUCUUUGCUCUCACUUUAUGCAUCUAUUGGCGCCAACACCAUUCCGUGGCAAAGGUCUUUUCACAUGCUUGGUGGGAUUCCUAUGUCCUGGUCAAAUACACGAGCGAAGUCACCAUCCUGGCGUUGAUGCUCUAUAUUCUUCAGACCAGAUUUACCACUCAAGCUGUUGCAGCUGCUCAACAACAGGCCAGUGCUCCAACGUCAGAAGCGGGAUACACAAAGGUGCCAGAUGCAGAACCUGGAUCAUCCCAACAACCAAGUACAGGCUUUAGUGCUGUUGUGUAAUGCAGGAUCAUCGUCUUCUACAAAAAUAUUGAUUGAUUGCAAGGCUAGUUGUCCUACGGUAAUUUUGACUGCGGUAUGAAUGAACUGAACUUUUUGAAAAGGAAAAACACACAAGAAAAUGACAACAACUAUCAUAAACGGAAGUCCAACAUAGCGUAUCUCUCACUGUUCUAACGUUAUCAUGAAUCGAAUCUGGAUUGGACACAGUUUUUGCUUUGCAAGCAUGGAGUUCUUUGUACUUGCUUCG